AUGUUAACAAUUUCCUUCUUUCUUUCUUUCUUUCUUUACAUUAUAAAACCUCAAAAUGGACUCAACAAUAUUUCUCCAAUCUUUUUCAUUUCUCAUCUUCUCUAUGUAGCUCUUCUCUUUGUGGCAUUUCUGUGCAUGGACCUGUGUAACGUCGUGAGCACCAUGCCAAUCUGUGCCUUCGGACACACCGGCUGCCAGCUCCUCUCUCUGGCUGAUCUGUUCGACAGGGUCAUCCGACACUCAGCCAGGAUGCACGGGCUGUCCAGCGACCUGCACUCUGAGCUUGAGAAAGACCUCCUGCCCGGCAAAAACCACAUUGGUAGCCAGUAUCGCAAGUGCCACACAUCCAGCAUACUAACUCCUAAUGGCAAGGAAACUGCACAGAAACUGGCUCACGAGGAGUUAACAGAGGUCAUUCUCAAGCUGCUGAUGGCCUGGAAAUAUCCUCUGUCUAUGCUGCACGAGAGCAUGUCCCACCAACAGGACUUUAACAGCUUCAUCAGCAGUAAAGCUUUAGAGAUGAGUAACAUUGCUCUUGACCUCAGGAAAGGAGUGGAGAAAGUCAUGGAGAAGAUGCAGUUGUUGGGGAUGAUCAGUAACUCAAUGAAUGGCUUCACUUCUCCUGAAGACUUAUUUCCUGCCAGUGGAGAGGCCAUGAGUGAAUACGAGCUCCUCUACUGCUUCCGCCGUGAUUCUGACAAGGUCCAGAACUACUUGAAGAUCCUUAAAUGCAGAAUUGUUCCUGAUCACGGCUGCUGAGUACCACUCACCUGCACUGCUGGACCGCAUAUAAUACUCUCGGUGCACAUCAGUUCUUGAUCUUCCACUAUUUAUGUCCAGGUUUGCUUCCUACGUAUGUGAACCUGUUUUCAAAACUUUCAUUUGUCAAUAAUGGUGAAGAUUGACAAAGAAGCUGAUAAAAAGAAAAGUGAAGAUAAU